UUUUUUCACAUCCAGAUCAAGUACACUUUCUAAGUAUCUUAUUCCAUAUUGCUGAGGAUAAUCUGUUAGAUCCCUGAUCAAUCGUACUGGAAUCAAACCGGUCUAUUAACUCCAAACCGGCUUUUAAAAAGUGUAACUAAGUUGGAAAUUUACGAAAUUGCCCCUGUCUGUUAAUAAAACUACAGUGGCAGCGUUCAGACAUUUCUCUCUUCUCAGAUUAGAACUUUCGCCAUCUUCGAUCCUCUCCCUUCAUCGGUGUUUCAUCCAUCUCUAGAGUCGGUUCGAAGGACCUCUAUCUCUCUGCAAAAGAGGACAUUGUAACGAUUUUCCGACAAGAUGCACGCGUUUCUCAAGGACAUAGUCCCCGCAGCGCAGAACAACAUAAACACGCGUUUCAUCAUCCUCGACAAAGCACGAUCAAUAUCAUCACCCCCGGCCGCGAGCGGGCAGAGCUGCAUCGCGUUAGCUGCGGACGAAACGGCGGCGGUUCACAUACAGCUGUGGGGAGACGAGUGCGACGCCUUCGAGGCGGGGGAUAUCGUGAAUCUCACAAACGGGAUAUUCUCUUACGUGCGGAACGGUGGGUUACUUCUCAGAGCUGGAAAACGCGGGAAGAUGGAGAAGGUGGGUGAGUUCGCGGUUGCGUUUGUCGAAACGCCAAACGUUAGCGAGAUCCAGUGGAGUCCUGAUCCGGAGUAUCCUAAACGUUAUAUUCAGAACGGCGUCGUCUCGGCUUAUUCCCGUAUUUUCCCUCCUUUGCCUUGAAUAAAAAAAGAUUUGUAUAAACACUUUAAACAAGACAUACGAAUGAUAAAUCAAAUAUUUGUACAUGUUUAAAGAUGAAUCAAUGGUUAUUUUACGAGUAA